CACAGUGUUAAAGGGAAGGUGGUGAUUGAUGCAUUCCGAUUGAUCAACCCACAAACCAUGAUGCUUGGCCAAGAACCAUGGCAAACAACAUCUAACGUUGGGCAUCUUAAUAAGCCUUCCAUUCAAGCAUUGAUCCAUGGGCUGAACAGACAUUAUUACUCAAUAGCAAUUAACUACAGGAAGAAUGAACUUGAGGAAAAAUUGCUAUUGAAUUUGCACAAGAAGAAGUUGACAGAUGGAUUGACACUUGGUCGCUUUGAUACCCAUUCCAAAACGAAUGAACAGACUGUUCAGGUGAGUGAAGUUCUUCUGGAUAUUUCAUAUUAGUGAUUGUGUAGAUAUCACAUAAAUGUGUUUGAAUUGCUGACAUGCCUCCACCCUGUAAAAAUAAAGAUAUUAUAAGAAAAUUUUUUUUUCCUAGUUACACUAAGUCAUGUCACAGAAAAUUUGUUGUAUGUAUGGCAUAAUCUGUUUAUGGUCAAAAUUAGUACUUAUGGUGUUUACUUUUACUGAAUGAGUUUGGAUGGUUUUGAACGGUUUAAUCUCUAAACGGUUUUAAAUAUUAACUUGAGCCGUUUUCAUUACUGGGUACCAGUCCGGUUUUCAAAACAUUGGUUGAAAGUAGCCACACAUUCACAGAACAGGAGUCUCUCCUUGAUUAAAGAAAGAAGCCAACCGUUUGACCAUAUUAUUGGCCUUGGCAGAACUGGGCUCAAAGAUACGGAAGACAUAAUCCUCCCCUCCUAUCUCCAUCAGCUCCACCGUUCCCGGCCAGUUGCUCCCCGCCAAUUUCUCAUGGUAAAGCUUCCCUUUGUCCUUCAAUAUAUCCUUUGGCACCAC